CUUCGCGCAAUCAUCGUUCCGCUCGCUCGCUCCAUCCACAACAAGCAUGGGCGAGCCGCGCCGCAUAGUCCUCGCGGACCCACUCGCAGGCGGGUCGCGCCGCGCGCGCUUCGCCGCCGCCGGGCAGGGUGCGCCCGGCGGGUCGGGGGAUGUCAAGAUGUUUGAGUGGGAUAACGAGUCGGAGAUAAUGAGCAUGGUCGGCCUGCACAGCGAGGUCAGCGCGGGCAUUAAAGCGCUCGCGUGGUCGCCGAACCCGAUGCAGCGACAUCUUUUGGCCCUCGGCCUGUCGACUGGGCGCACCCAGAUCCUAACCCUCUCUCCCUCGACGCUGGCUAUGCCCACCCGCGGCGGCCAGACCACCCACUCCGCCCUCUUGACAGUGAAGCACUCCCGCGCCGUCUCCUCGCUCGCGUUCUCGCCUGCCGACCCCCUCCUCCUCGCGACCGGAUACGACAGACACCGGUCCGACUACUCCCUCCUGAUCUGGGACAUUGCCGACGCCAUCGCCGCCUUCCCCCCUGAUCCGGAGGGCGAUCCGACAUGGCAGCGGCCUCCCGAGCGCCUGGAGCCAGGCAACCUCCACGGGCGCGGCGGCGACGGCGUCCGCCACCUGCAGCAGUAUUGCGCGAGCGAAGCCGUCCACUCUCUGUCGUGGAUGCCGGGCAGCGCGCACGAGCUGCUCGUCGGCGCCAACAACAAAGCGCUGAGGAUGUACGACUUGCGCGCGCCGACGCGCGACGCCGGGGGCAUCAGCGGCGGCGCCGUCGUCCACUGGGCCACGCGCGCUGUGCACUACAUCACGCCCGACCCGCAGAAGAAGCAGCGCCUCGCAAGCGUCGAGACCGGGCCGGCCGGCAGCGUUGUCCGGCUGUGGGACGUGCGCCGGCCGGGGCAAGAGCUCGCGAGCUUCGAGGUCGCCGACCCCUCGGGGGUUGUCGCGCUAGAAUGGACUGGCGGGACGGGCCAGACGGGGCUCGGCGUGGGCACGCGCGAGGGCGGCGUCAACGUUUGGGAGGUGGUUAGUGGAGGCCAGCGCGCGGAUGGUGCCGAUAACUGGACUUACUGCGGGGGCGUGCGGCAUGUGGUCAAACCGAAGCAACAGCUUAUGAGCUUUACUUUCGCGCCGCCGACGAAGAGCCGGCGCGACGUCAUCUUCAUCGUAAAGGAUGGUACAAUCGGUGUUGGACCACUCCCCGCUGCCCCAGUCCUCGCCUUCGGCGCUCAGGCUGAUCUGACACUCGCCACGACCGGGCUGACCAACAUCGACCCCGAGAUAUCGGGGAUGACGCGAGCGCCCUCCCCAGCUGCGCACGUCCCGCCGCCACCGCAGUCUGACCGCCGUUCGUCGCACGUCGAUGAGCGCCGUAUCAACCGCUUCCAGCUGGCGCCCGAGCGCGUCUCGGCUCUUCUGAGUGAGCAGAGGGAGGCACGCUCGCGUUCAGUUUCCCCGGGACUGGUACGCCGACACGGCUCGCGGCGCGACUUGCGUGAUCAGCAUGAAGAGGAGGAGAUGGACGACUACGAGUUCGGUGAGGAGAUUACAGGUCCAGAUGGGCUGCGGCGCGUGCUGAGGCACGACGCGGCGUUUGUAAUGCGCCGCCGUGCUGAGGAGGGGUACGGGCUAGACAGCCUCGAGCUCAAUGCGGCCGUGGCUACCCGCUUCCCGGGUGCCGAGCGCGUAGCUGGAAUCUGGGAGUUUGUCGAUCACUUUGUGCGUGCCACUGGCCCCGAGGCGUCUCAGGACGGGCGCUACGACCUGACUUACCAAGGUCUCUGGAGCAUCUGGACAGGUCUGUUUGGCGCCGAGGCCCGCGUCGAGGCGGCGACGGCGUGGGGCGGGCGGCUGCAGGGCGGGAGUGGGGCGAGUACACCUCGGCAUGGGACGCCAUCUGAGUCCAAUGCCGACUACAAUGCCGCUAUCACACGCCUGAACACAGCACGCACAGCGCAGGGCCACAUUGCCGCGCCAGGAAAUCACCGCCUGCCCCAUACGGACCGGAUGCCGCAGCGCCGCAUGAUGCUGGCGGUGUGCGGGGAGAACUAUGCAUACGACACCAUGGCUGAGGUGCACCGCCUCGUGGAUGACGAGCAGCGCACCAAGGCGGCCUGCUGGGCUUUCUUUGCCGGCGAGGAGGAGCCGGCCAUCACCAUCCUCAUGCGGUCUGAUGACGAGAGGCAUCGACUGAUGGGUGCGACGAUUGCAGGAUUCAUGUCGCAAAGGCGUGCCGAGCGUGGCUCUGUCUUCUUCCACGAACACUGGCAGAGCAUGGUCGACAAGGUCGACGAUCCGUACAUCCGCGCUGUGCUCAUGCGGAUUGCGGACAGCAACUGGGACGGCAUUUUGUAUGACGAGAGCUUGCCGCUGCUCGACCGCGUAGCCGUGGCCGUGUGCAACCAGUCCGAUAAGGAGCUCACCAACUUCCUCAGCAACCGACUACGGCGGUGCAUAACGCUCGGCUCGCUUCCCGGCCUCGCCUUGACGGGCUUCACAAGCGCCGGCGUGACGCUGCUGCAGCGCUUCGUAGACCGCACGGGCGACGUGCAGACGGCUGCGCUGCUGGCUGCCUUCUUUCCCCGCGCGCAGCUCAGCACGGGCGAAGUGCUCACCCUCGACAGGUGGCAGGACACGUACAGGUCGUACCUCGACUCGUGGCUGGCGUGGGUGCCGCGCUGUUCGUUCGAUGUCGCGACCAUCGCCGAGCGGCGCCGGCUGCACGACGACGCAAAGGACACCUUGCAGGCCGUCGUGGUGUGCCGCGUGUGCCAGCGCCAGCUCUCGCGGCAAUCGCAGGAGAUGCUCGAGCGCAAGAACGCGCUCAAGGGCAAGAUGGACCCGCCGCCGAUCACUGUUCGAACAAACAUCUGCAUGUACUGUCAGAACGCACUGCCCCGCUGCUGCAUCUGUUUGCUGCACGUGCGCCCGCCGAAGAACGAGUCGGCCGAUACCAUGGAGGACGCGUACGUCGCCUGCCAGACGUGCAGACACGGCGGACAUGCGAGCCAUAUCCUUGGGUGGUUCGAGGGCGGGCUGGACGGCGAGCCUCCACACGAUAUGUGUCCCGUCGCGGGAUGCUCGUGCCAGUGCGCAGCGUUGUAGGUUGAGGAUGCUAGAUGCAUUUGUACAAG